GCAUGAAGCAGUUGUUGGGUGCAUGGCGGAGCAGCUUUUGCAGGAAUUUCCAAAGAUAUUGAGUUGAGCAGAGCUUGUCAGGAUGUCGAAUGCUGCGGAGUCAGCCUUAGAAGGCUCCUUGCAGAAGAAUGAUCUCUAUAAAAUGCGCCGAUGGUUGUCGUCGAACAGACACAUAGCAAAAAGUGCUUGUGAAGCGUGCAGGAAAGCAAAAGCCAAAUGCCAAGAAACUCGUCCUUGUACAAGGUGUAUCAGCCGAGGAUUACCGUGCGGUGAUAUUCCAAGCACACAGAGCUCACAGCUGACAAUUGUUCACACAAUCGACACGAUCGACCGACCGCUGAUGACCUUAAGGGAUGGCAUCAUGCUGAUACACGAUGACGUGGUAUUCCGUGAUCAAGAAUCCAAGAAGCUCCCAGUUCGCGCACUGAGAAUGAUCUGGGAAUGGGGAUUUGUGGCGAAGGAUCUUGAUAAGAUGUUCAAGGCCAUGACGCCUGCUCUACGGAGCUCCUUCGGCAGGGCUCUGGGGGCUUUGGAAAUGUUG